AUGGCACCCUUUAGGCUGGAUAGCAUACUGAUAAUUUAUCCCAAAUCUCAAACUACAGUUGUUCAGUUUGGUCUUCACGAUGAUGUUUUUCUAGUGCCAGAUAUGGAAUUCCCUACCCGUGUAUUUAAAACUAUAAAUUCAGAUGGUGUUCCAAUAUAUUCAUCAUCAGCUACAGAGACAUCUCAAGAGAUACACCCAAUUGAAAAUGGCUCUAUUGUAGACCUAGAGGCAUUUUUGUUCUUUUUAAGGCUCAUAUAUGUUUCCAUUCUCUCCAAGAGAUCAAAUUUGAAAGGUCCUGAUUCAUUCGAUGCGGAAUUAUCCAACAUCCCAGUUUUCAUAGUGACACACCAUUCUUGGUCGCAAUUCCAACUAGAAUCUAUUGUACAAUUUCUGUUUGAAGCGCUGCGUGUUAAUGGUGCCAUGCUACUAUCAACGGCGCUUAGCUCCACUUACGCAAUGGGGUCCUUACAAAACUGUUGUGUUAUCGAUAUUGGAACUGCACACACAGAUAUUAUUCCAGUGGUAGAUUAUGCACCUCUUGUUCCACUAACAUCGACGAUUCCCUAUGGUGGUAAUACGAUAAAUGAAAAUUUGGCCAGAAUUCUUCCAGAACUAUCAGGAAAUACAAUCGAAAGUUUAAAGAAAUCCUCCAUUUUUGAAGUGUUAAGUGAUGAUGCCAAGAAAUCUUCUGCAUUCACAUUUCAUGAAAAUCCUGAAGAGGAUGAGGGUGCGUUGGACGUGGCCGCUAUUGUGACAAGUGGACGUGAUACUCGUGAAAUUCUAGAAGAGAGGGAGAAGCAGAAGAAGGAAAAGAAUAUUAAAAAUGCACAGAUGGAGAAAAACACAUUUAUAGAUGACGAAGGUAAUAGUGUCACCGUGGGAAAGCAAAGGUUUCAAGGAUGUGAUGAAUUGAUAAAUAGAAUUUCUGAUAGAGUGGGUAAAGUUUUGGAUCAAAUUGAUGAUGUCAUUAAAUUGAGAGCCAUAUGGGAAAAUAUAAUUAUUGUCGGCGGUACUUCAUCUAUUCAGGGAUUCAAGGAUGUGCUUUUAGGUAAACUUAUUAAAGAUCAUCUAGUAACUGAGCCAGAGGAAGAAAGAUCGAAAAGAGAACAAAAUGCUAUGGAAUCACUAACUGUAAAGCAGAAGAAUAAAUUCAUGGGCAGUGGAUCUGUGUCUAAUCUGGAAUACGUUCAAGCUGCUACAGUAAUAAAGGCUGCUAGGUAUCCUGAAUAUUUCCCCGAGUGGAAGAAAUACGGAUAUGCGAAGAUACCAUUUUUGGGAGCUCAAGUGAUUUCUAAACAGAUAUUUGCACAUUCGAAGGAUACUUUCUAUUUGUCAAGAGAGAUUUACGAUUUAAUGGGACCAAGUUCUCUUUGGGAUGUGUUUUUCUGA